AUGACGUCCACUCUUGACGAACUCACUGUGAGCUCGGUCCGAGGAAUUAUGUUGGUGAAUAAUUUGGAAUACAAGAAGCUAGCUCAACUUUCACAACGUAUCCUCUCGAGUAUGCCUGUUAAAGAUAUUCAUUCGCUUUUUACCGAGGAAGAGAAAGAAAUGCUGAUCUCAGCGCUUACCAUGGAGUCUUCCGCAGACCUUACUUUAGUGAUUGCUUCAUUGCUUGAAAUUUGGAGCCAGUUGACCUUCAAGCAACUUAAGCUAGAUCGAGUGACUGUAUCACUUAGGAAUCUUGGAUUCAAAGAAGGAGUAAUAGAGACAUUAAUAGAGGUGUGGUGUAAACUUGGCCAAGCAGUCUGUGACCGCCUGAGAGACAUCUCAUUUUCAGACAUCCCUGUAUUGCUAGACGUUAAUUGGACACUUCGUAUGGACAUUGCAAACAAGCACUUCCGGAAGCUAAAUUCACCUACUGCGGUGUUCGAAUUAGUAACCGAUGAUGGGCUAAAGUAUGUCGCUCUUUCACGUACUCAGCUGUGUGAACUAUUUGGAACUCUCCAAGACAUCCAAAAAGAAUUGGAUAAUAUACUGCAGUGA